CACCAUGCAGUCAGAUGAUGUUAUCUGGGAUACACUAGGAAACAAGCAAUUUUGUUUCUUCAAAAUAAGAACCAAGACACAGAGCUUUUGCAGAAAUGAAUAUAGCCUGACUGGACUGUGUAAUCGGUCGUCCUGUCCCCUGGCAAAUAGUCAGUAUGCCACUAUCAAAGAAGAAAAAUACUUACUUUAUCCUACAGGACAGUGCUACUUGUAUAUGAAGGUUAUCGAGUGAGCAGCUUUCCCCAGAUGUCACUGGGAACAGGUCCGGCUUCAUAAAAACUAUGAGGAAGCACUGGAGCAAAUAGAUGAAAAUCUAAUUUACUGGCCCCGUUUCAUUCGACACAAAUGUAAACAGAGAUUCACCAAGAUUACCCAGUACCAAUUUCGAACGAAACUUGUUCCUUUGAGUAAGAAGGUGGAGCGGAGGGAAAAAAGAAGAGAGGAAAAGGCAUUAAUAGCUGCUCAGCUGGACAAUGCCAUUGAAAAGGAAUUGCUGGAAAGACUUAAACAAGAUGCGUAUGGCGAUAUCUACAACUUCCCCAUCCACGCCUUCGACAAGACCCUGGAGCAGCAGGAGGCAUAGAGCGACUCUUCAGAUGCUGAGGAAAAAGAUGAUGACGAUGAUGAUGAAGAUGUGGGAAAAAGAGAGUUUGUGGAAGAUGAUGAGGUGGAUGAGAGUGACAUAAGUGAUUUUGAGGAUAUGGAUAAACUGGAUGCCAGCAGUGAUGAAGAUGAGGAUAAUAAAUCCUCCAGUGAGGAAGAAGAAAAGGCCCUUGAUGCCAAGCACAAAGGCAAAACACCCUUGAAAGGACCCUUGCAAAGAAAACGAGCAUAUGUGGAGAUAGAGUAUGAGCAGGAGACAGAGCCCGUGGCCAAGGCCAAAACCACGUGAUUUUCCUAGAGACAUUUAUGAACAGGACUGAACAUUCCGAACUUCUUCCUUUCAUCCUCAACACAUACAUACCUCCAGUCUUCACUCCUUAUGUUGUAUAUAACAGAAUAUUUGUGUUUUUGAUAUUUAUGCCACUUCUGUGGGGCAAGAAAUCUGGGAGGGAGUGGAGGAAAUCCUUAAGUUGUAAACAGUAUUUUGAUAGUUUUGGCAUAUGUGUUGAAGUGACAGAUUGAGCCCAAGAAGCUUAACAGAUGA